AUGAUGCGACCGCGCGACCCCCGCAUCCGACAACGGAUCAAUCAGAUCUCCCAUAACCUUGAGACCGCCAACGAAACCGCCCAAGAGGGGCUUUAUACUUUCUCUCACAACUACAUAUCCCCGUGUUUUGAAUCCAUUGGAAACUGUGUGGCUGUAUGUACAGCACCUUGCCUCCCGAGCCGAGAAGACCACCUAAGGCGGCGACGACGCGGCCAAACCGAAGCCAACUUUGAUUUCUACGACGACUGGGCCAAUGAAGAAGAUGAUGAUAGCUUAAUCGGAUGGGGUACUGGCGAACUCGACCGCCUCCUUGCUGGCAGCGGGCUGGCGCGCGGAGCUGCUGACCAGCCGCGUCGGCCCAGGAGGAUGAGCUACGGGACACGCAACACUCGGCGAAGGAGCACCGUGCACAUUCCGGACAACCGGGACGACCCAACUGUGAUUCCCAGUUCUUCUCUCCUUGGCUUUCUCGAACGCUUUCCGUGGAGAUUCGGUGCAAGGGGAGUCAAGUAUCGGCCUUCGGCUGCUGAUCUCCAAGAACACCCCGGCGCCCGGCGCUAUGCGCACGAAGACGAGCCGCUAAUGGAAGCUAUGGGCGAUGACGAUGAUGAUCGAGGUCACUUGUCGCCGACCCCUAAUGGGAGGAAUCGCAGUGCCACCCAAUCUUCCCGCGGAACGGACAACUCCCUUAGCUCGCGCGGGGAUCUAUUCCCUAGUGAUGAGGAGGAAGAUGCAGUGCCCCUUGAUGAUGAGUUCGCGCUUGCUUUCGGGCGCCGGGGAACAGGCUUGGAAUCAGAUGAUCAGUCCGGGGCGAAGUCUGAAAUUAUAGAGUCUGCGGCGGCGUCCAGUCUAGGCGCCGCGUCCUCCAAAAAGGCAAAACGGAAGAAGAAACGCUCCCCAAAGCGAUCGCCUAGUUACAAUGACGCCGCCAUUGCUCAAAUUAUUGACACACCGUCAAUGGCAGACUUGAAGACAGAAGAGCAGCGCGCCGCAUUGGAAGAAGAAGCGGAUAUUGCGAGACGCCGGCUUGCUGCACACGAGUUGGCGUUGAGUCGAGGCCUUGAUCCGGUUGGUGGUGAUAAACCUGCCGCAACAUCCACCAGUCCAAGUAUCCGAUCUCAAGAUCAAUUUAAUACCCCGAAACGGACCUUCAGCGAGUCAUCAAGCCGCCGGUUGUCCGACAACCUAACCGAGCCGUUCCCACGCUUAUCUAUGUCGCCUUCAUCCUUGGCCGUGGAUUCUCCGGGCUUAUCGAAAACCUCGCCGAGGGAUAUGUCUCCUCAUGAGCUUGGUGAAAACACGAUUUCUCUCGAUUGA